AAACAAACUGGCUAAUAUUGAUUCAGAUAAUAUCAAUUCUACGUACCACGACAAUAUUCCUAAAAUGACAUCUUUAGGAAUUAUGACAUUGAGCCGUGGUCCAUACACCGAGCUCGAUAAGAUGAGCCUGUUUCAGGAUCUCAAACUAAAACGAAGAAAAGUUGAUUCCAGAUGCAGUAGUGAUGGUGAAUCUGUUGCUGAUACGAGUACAUCGUCUCCGGAUCUUUUAACGCCCUUAUCGCCGAAAAUGUGUGAUCAAGCAACGCACCCGCCUCGAACACCUUCGCCGCCCGAAUCGAAUCAACAGAUCUUUGACACGAAGUCUGCUUCGAAAGCGCCCAAUAAGCACAGCGGCAACAAUGGGCGCGAUCAAAUUUCGCCCGAUUCGCCGGCAAUUCAGCAACAACACAAUAAUCACAACAAUGAGGAAAUGCCCUCGACAACGACGAUCAAGCAUGAAGAUGAGUUUAUCCACAGUUCGAGUGUCAUUCGUGCCGUGAACGACGAACACAAUCAUCAUCAUCAUCAUCGACGAUCGCCUUCGCCUCCGCAAACGAUCACGCAGCAACAAAACCAACAGCAUGUUACCGUAUUGGUUAGCCCGACACGGAUCAAAAGUGAAAAUACGAAACGUACGAAUGGCAACAGUAACGAGCAUCAUGUCUCGUCUAUGAACAACGGCAAUGCAAAUACGCAUCAGCAGCAAACGCAGCAAAUGGCAAAUAACACAGGAAUUGAACGCAAUAAUAGACUGACACCGACAUCUUCGUCGAAUUUUUUACCCAUGAUGAUGCAAGGAGUUCAAGCUGGAGGACAACACAUUCAGAUAUUUCCGCAUCCGUCGCAGCAAAUUUUGCAUAAAACUCUCACGCAGGGCUCGCAAAAUGCGAAUAACAAUUACAAUAACCCACCAACGUCGCAACAGCAUCAACUUCCAUUUCAUACGUUGCAGCAAAAUCAUCGUACCAUCAAACGCGAAAGAUCUCCCAAUAACACGUUAAAUAUGCAGCAAAUGCAACAGCAACAAAUUCAACGGCAAAGUCCGUAUCAGCAGUCAAUUCAGCAACAAAUUCAAUUUCAUGCGUCGAUGCAAAAUCAACAAAACAAGAUAAAACGCGAAAGAUCUCCCUCAAGUCAUUGUCUGCCAAAUGUCUCGAGCGCAUCUCCCACGAGUAACAAUAAUUUACGACAAAGUCCCUUACCGAGCAGUACACAGGGACAACAAACGUUGCGAAUCCUUCCGCAAUCCAUCGAUCAUCAAGUGAUGUUACAACGCGUGAAAAACGAAGGUCUUAUCGGUUUACAGAAUCGAAUGUGGGCAAAUCAAGCACGUAUUAACGGCGUAAAACCCGAAGUUAUUGGAGGACCAUUACCUCCAAUUCGCACGAAUCCAUCGCCGCAACAAUCGACUUCGAGUCAAAGCCCCCAAUCGAGUACGACGCCUCCUCGAGCCACGCCAACAGUAAUUAUGGGAGAAUCUUGCGGCGUUCGUACGAUGGUUUGGGGUUAUGAGUCGCCUGUGCCAUCUUCGCAAAUUCAAUCUCCGUCAAAUUCGAGCGGAAGUCAAACUCCCGGAACGUCAAAUACGAAUGUCGAAGCAGCGCAUUUACUUCUGAGUUUGGGACAAGCAACAGGCCCGAUAAAUCCUCCGCCGCCGAGACAACCGUCAACUGCUUGGCAAGGACACCCGUUGAAUAUGGAACGUUUAUGGGCAGGCGAUUACAGUCAACUUCCGGCGGGACAACAAACUCACGCUUUGAAUUUAAGUUCGCAGCAACAAUGGGCAGGAGCUCAAUCUGGCAUGAAAAAUCCCGAUGAACAUAAUGGACCUCCCGAUGAGGAUGAACAACCUCUUGUUUGUAUGAUUUGCGAAGAUAAGGCAACGGGCUUACAUUACGGUAUUAUAACUUGUGAGGGAUGCAAAGGAUUUUUCAAACGUACUGUACAAAAUCGUCGAGUUUAUACUUGCGUCGCCGAUGGAACUUGCGAAAUUACAAAGGCACAGCGUAAUCGAUGUCAAUAUUGUCGUUUCAAAAAGUGCAUCGAACAGGGAAUGGUUUUGCAAGCUGUUCGUGAAGAUCGAAUGCCCGGCGGAAGAAACAGCGGAGCAGUUUAUAAUUUGUACAAAGUCAAAUAUAAAAAACACAAGAAAACGCAAAAACAACAGCAGCAGCAACAACAACAAAAUAACAUGGUUGGCAUGAGCCCGAAUAACGCGAAGCUGAAUCAGAGUUCAAAUAGUCCGAAAAAUAUGUUCCUUACAUCGUCAUCGUCGUCGCCGUUAUCGCAUCAUCAAACGCAACCAUCGCCGCAAGGCAAUACAACGCCCAUCAAGACAGAGAGUAUUAACUUGCCAUCGCAUUUAGUGAAUGGAACAAUUUUGAAGACUGCAUUAACGAAUCCCGCGGAAAUUGUGCAUUUGCGACAUCGUCUCGACAAUGCUGUGAGCUCGUCGAAAGAUCGUGCGAUCUCCUUCGACAAUGCCGUCAACAUGAUCAAGAUGCUAAUUGACUGUGAUGCUAUGGAAGAUAUAGCUACCUUACCGCACUUUGGAGAAUUUCUCGCAGACAAGUCCGAAAUUGGCGAUAAACUGUGUAACAUUGGAGACUCAAUUGUGCACAAACUCGUUUCGUGGACAAAGAAAUUGCCCUUUUAUCAGGAUAUUCCCGUGGAAAUUCACACAAAACUUCUUACAGACAAAUGGCAUGAGAUUCUUGUGUUAACGACAGCGGCGUAUCAAGCGUUGCACGGAAGAAAAGCCUCGAAUGUUCAAGGGAAUCAAAGUGUUCCGUCGGGCGUUCAUGUGCCUGACAAGAAUGAUCAUGAAUUUAUGCAAGAGGUAACAUCACAUUUGGGAACUUUACAAACGUGUCUCACAACGUUGAUGGGACAUCCGUUGUCUAUGGAACAGUUGAAGAUCGAUGUUGGUUUGAUGGUUGAGAAAAUGACACAAAUCACAAUUAUGUUUAGACGGAUCAAACUGAGGAUGGAAGAAUAUGUUUGCUUAAAAGUUUACAUUCUUCUGAAUCAAGAAAAUGAAUUAGAGUACAUUCAAGAGAGAUAUGUUCAGGUUCUGAGAAGUUACCUUCAACAUACAAAUCCGCACAACCCAAGUCGAUUAAACGAUUUAUUGGGACACAUACCUGAAAUUCAAACCGCUGCCAGCCUUUUAUUAGAAAGUAAAAUGUUUUACGUGCCGUUUGUACUAAAUUCUGCGAGUACUAUAAGGUAGCAGAUGAUUGA